AUGGCUCAAGAGCAGGUGCUGGUGCACCUUACUGUUUCGCUCCUGCUACACUGGCUUGGAGUUUUUCUGUCAUUUUCUGGGCACACGUGGGCCAAGCGCUCCCAAUAUCACAGUCCUCCAGAAGUGGUGAUUCCCUUGAAAGUCACAGACCCUGGCCUCAGCAUGAAGUUCCCAGGCUGGCUCUCUUACAGCCUGCAUUUUGGGGGUGAGAGACACAUUGUUCACAUGAAGGUCAAGAAGCAUUUGCUGUCCAGACACCUCCCAGUGUUCACCUACAGUGACCAAGGUGCCCUCCUAGAGGACCAGCCUUUUGUCCAGAAUGACUGCUACUAUCAUGGUUAUGUGGAAGGGGACCCAGAAUCUCUGGUGGCCCUCAGUACCUGUUUUGGUGGUUUUCGAGGAUUGUUACAGAUAAAUGACAUUGCUUAUGAAAUUAAACCCAUGAUUUUUUCUACCAAAUUUGAGCAUCUGGUAUAUAAAAUGGACAGUGAGAAGACUCAAUUCCCAACCAUGAAAUCGGACUUUAUGCAAGAGGAAAUCGUUCAACAAUUUGAGUUUCAAGAGAUUAGUAAUUCUAUUCUGAAGCAAAGCUCUUAUGAGGAGGACAUCUGGUCCCACAGUUACUUUGUUGAAAUAGCAGUGGUGAUUGACAACACUCUGUAUCGUGAAUGUAAAAAGAAUAUCUCAUUAUUGCAGGAAAAUUUAUAUGUUAUGGUAAAUAUAGUGGAUUCCAUUUAUGAGAUACUGGGCCUUAAGGUUUUAUUGUUUGGCAUGGAAGUGUGGACUCAAACAAACUUAAUUGAAGUAGAUGAUGUAAAGAGAUCUCUGAGAAUUUUUGGCCAUUGGAAGGCUGCAAACCUUUCUCCCCGCCUGCCACAUGAUACUGCACAUCUUCUUAUACAUAAGACAUUAAGAGGAAUGAGUGGCUUAGGCUAUGUUUCAGGACUGUGUAUACCAACCCAUAGUUGUGCAAUUAUUACUUUUACAAGAAAACCCUUGAGCCUUAUUGGAAUUGCAAUGGCCCAUCAUUUAGGUCAUAAUUUGGGUAUGCAUCAUGAUCGUAAUUUGUGUACAUGUGGAAAAUAUAAGUGUAUAAUGCAUUAUGACAAUCCACCAAUAACUAAAUUUAGCAAUUGUAGUUUAGCUCUUUUUUGGGAUCAUACUAUAGGUAGAACAAAAUGUCUGCUCUACAAUAUAUACACAGAUGACUUAUUUAACCGGAACCGCUGUGGGAAUGGUGUUGUUGAAGAUGAAGAGGAGUGUGACUGUGGACCUUUGCAGCAAUGUGCAAAAGAUGCCUGCUGUCUGUCCAACUGCACUCUGAGCCUUGGGUCUAACUGUGCUUAUGGGCUUUGUUGCAAGGACUGCCAGUUCUUACCGUCAGGGGAAGUGUGUAGAAAGGAGGUCAAUGAAUGUGAUCUUCCAGAAUGGUGCAAUGGAACAUCCCAUAUGUGUCCAGAUGAUGUAUAUGUGGAAGAUGGAAUUCCCUGUGAUGAAAGUGCCUACUGCUAUGAAAAGAGAUGUAAUGGCCGCAAUAGACAGUGUAAGCAGAUUUUUGGCCAAGGGGCAAAGAAUGCAGAUCACAAUUGCUACAAAAAAACAAACACUCUAGGUGAGCGUUUUGGUCACUGUGGUACCCAAAACUAUUCAUAUGUCAAAUGUAACAUGUCAGAUGUCCUGUGUGGGAGGAUUCAGUGUGAGAAUGUACGUGAAAUUCCCCUUCUAACAGAACAUUCUACUGUGUACUGGACUCAAUACAACGGCAUCAACUGUUGGGGUACCGACUAUCACAUUGGGAUGACCAUACCUGACAUAGGUGCAGUGAAAGAUGGCACAGAGUGUGGUGAAGAACAUGUCUGCAUCCAUAAGAAGUGUGUCCAUAUAUCUCACUUGGAUAGUAAUUGUUCACCCUCAUUCUGUCAUCAGAGGGGAAUCUGCAACAACAAACAUCACUGUCAUUGCAACUAUCUGUGGGACCCUCCCAACUGCAUAAUAAUAGGCCAUGGAGGUAGUAUUGACAGUGGCCCACCCCCCAGGAGAAAGAAGCUAAAGAAGAUUUAUAUCAACCUUAUUGUCAGCCAGAGAAAUACCAACAUAGCUGUCUGA